CCGAGGGCCGGCCUCCGCACCGGACCGUCGGCCGCAUGCCAGCCUGCUCGGCCGCCAUGGACCCCCCGCGGCAGGACAUGUAUGGCUAUUAUGACGAGCGGGGGACGGUGGCGGACGCGGCGGCCAUGCCGCUCAACGACUUCGGCUUCCUGCCGCUGGAGGAGCACCAGCAGCACCACCCGCACGAGCACCAGCACCAGCAGCCGCCGCAUCAUCAGCAGCAGCAGCACCACCAACAGUCGCUCAUCUAUUGGGACCAGCAGCAGCAGCAGCAGCAGAUGCACUACACUGAGGAGGAUUACAGGCAGUUCGACAUGAAGAUGGCCAUGCCUGGCUCCAAGUCCUCCAGCUUUACCGUGCGAGACAUCCUGAACCUGGGGGAGGGCAAGCCGCCUGUGGUGUCGCAGACUCCGCGGGGCGCCGGCGAAGUCGGCAUGCCCCAGGACGAGUACUGCGGCGCCAUGUACACGUCCCAGUACCCUUACCCGGACGAGGGGUACGACUACCGCCAGCCGGCGGUCGGGUACCGGCCCGAGUACUACGACCCGCGCUGGGCUGGCCCCGGCCCCGCGGGCGUGUACCCAGACGGGCUGGAGCAGACGACACCGCCGGGCGAGUCUCCCGCUCCCACGUGCCCCGUCUCUCCCGAGGACGAAAGGAACGCGGGUACGCCAGCCCGGCCGGCCGACAUCCCCGCUACCGUGCCGACGGCGCCGCGCGCCUCACCCUCAGUCGACACCGACGACGGCGCCGACGACGCCGAGAAGGAGGACGCCGCCACGGGCCGCAAGCGCAAGCGGCGCGUGCUCUUCAGUAAGUUACAGACCCACGAGCUGGAGCGACGCUUCCGGCAGCAGCGCUAUCUCUCGGCGCCCGAACGUGAGCAUCUGGCCAGCCUGAUCGAGCUGACGCCGACCCAGGUCAAGAUCUGGUUCCAGAACCAUCGCUACAAGACGAAGCGCGCCACGCAGGAGCAGGGCGGCAUGGAUCUGGUGCCGCUGGGCAGCGCGCGGCGUGUGGCCGUGCCCGUGCUGGUGCGAGACGGCAAGUCGAUGCCGGCCGUGUCAGCCGGCUAUGGCGUGCCGUCGUUCGGCGGCGCCGUGGACCUGCUGCCGUUCAGCAGCGCCUCGAUUCCCCACCUCGGUGGUGGCCUCGAUGGGUCGCGGCCGCUGCUGCGCAGUGUGCACGCGCAUCCGUAA